AUGGCCACCCAACAUGAUGAGAAUUAUCCAACUGUUCGGGUUACUAAGACAGUUUCCGUACUCCCAAAGUCCUUGAAUCCAACACAAACGGUCCAUCUGUCUAAUUUGGACAGGCAGUGUCCACUGCUAAUGUACGUGGUUUUCUUUUACAAAUCUUCUGCUGCAUACCAGAACCUGUCUCUGGAUUCAAUUUUUAGUUGCUUAAAAUCUGGGUUGGAAGAGACUCUUUCGAUUUGGUAUCCAGCUGCAGGUAGGUUGAGCUUGAACCCGAGUGAUGGUAAACUUAACCUUUGGUGCAGCAAUGAUGGUGCAGUUCUAGUGGAGGCAGUUACCAGUGCUAAGAUCAUUGAACUUGGAGAUCUUUCUCAAUACAAUGAAUUCUUCGAGCAUCUGGCUUACAAGCCUGAUUUUCAUGGCAACUUCUCGGAGAUGCCAUUAGUUGUUGCUCAGGUUACCGAGUUCGGGUGUGGAGGCUAUUCAAUCGGUAUUGGUUCAAGCCACUCUUUGUUUGAUGGACCAGCCACCUAUGAUUUUCUCCAUGCAUGGGCUUCUAAUUCUGCUAUUUUGAAACAAAAGAGAGGCACCGAGCUUUACAAACCUGUGCAUGAGAGGGGGGUAUUGUUAGUGGAAAAUCCGGGGAUUACAAAGUUGCCUGAAAGUGGGAGCUCGGCCACAAGGGCUGUAGCCAUAGAUCACCUAUACCAGUUGAUAAAACAGGCUAUGAGUGGUCAAACUUGUGGUCCAGAUACGAAGUUUGGAUCCGGAAAACUCCCUGAUGUGGGGAACUCUAAUCUUGUUCUCAAGACAUUCCAUCUCAGUGGUGCAAUGAUAGAAAGCUUAAAAAGCAAGGUCUUUGGUGAGAGGAGUGGCAGCUUUUCAUGUUCAUCCUUUGAGCUGCUUGCUGCUCACUUAUGGAAGGCAAGAACCAAGGCAUUAGGAGUGAUGAAAGGAUCAAAGGUAUGCUUGCAAUUUGCUGUGGACAUAAGGAAGAAGACGGUGCCCCCACUGCCAGAAGGCUUCAGUGGCAACGCUUAUGUAUUAGCCUCUGCUGCCUUAACAGCUGAAGAACUGGAGGCAGGAAGCCAUGAAGAUAUCGUAGACAAGAUAAAAGAAGCCAAGCGUUCGAUUAGCAACGACUAUGUGAUUGCAUAUAACCAGGCGUUAGAUGGGCCUCAGGGCACUCUCCUUCCACUGAAUGAGCUCACCCUUGUCUCUGAUUGGACUAGGAUGCCAUUCCACAAGAUUGAUUUUUUUCACGGAGAAGCAGCCUAUGUGUCUCCAUUGCUUUCUCCAAUUCCACAAGUUGCUUAUUUUAUGCAGAAUCCCAUCGAUUCCAGAGGCAUCGAUAUGAGGAUUGGGUUACUUCCUCAAUCCCUCAAUGCUUUCUCUCACUACUUCCUCACCAAUAUGCAAUAAUUUCCGACUUUUAUCCCACAAUAAUUUUAUACCAUCUUUCUUUGUUUAAAAGGGGAAGUGCAUAACGGGUGAUAAUUUACUUACUUCACUAUGUCCUGAGAAUGAUAUUUCGAAUGCUAUUGUUGUUUCUAAGAAAUAAAGUUCACUCAUUUCUUCAACUAGCAAAUUUGGUCCUAAUUGAAGAAUCCGAUUUUAAUCUUUAAUUAUGAAGUAAAGCUUGUACUAAUACAAAGCAAACCUUAUAAAUCUUCCAUA